ACUGUGUGUUUAGGGCUUGUAGGAGUCCGUCAGGAUGCAGGAAUUCAUAAGGAGUGUAGCAGUGUGUAGUGGGUGUUCAGGAUACCUUCAGUCCCCUUUUUAAAGCCCGCUCACAAACCUAGUAGUCGCGUGGUGUUUUUGGUGGGCUUUCAGUCACUCCACAGAAGCAAACCACUGCAGAGGUUCAGCUGGGCCUUCUAGUCUCAUUCCCUACAACCACACACUAGGUUUGGUAUCUCUUUGUACUGCUUGAAUAUCUGCAAAACCAAAGUUGCCUUUUGAAAUGAUUGUACAGCCCAGUACAGAACCCUCUGUUUAUUUUAAGCUUAUGUUAUAGCUACACAUUAAAGCUGAUUUUAGAAAAAAAAAUAAAAACAGUACCAUUUCCUUGACAAAAACAUCUGAUUGGAAAUGAAGCCUCUAAUAAGAUAGUGAAGAACAUUUAGAAAUAAUAUUUUAAACUCCACCCUAUUUAUGUUCUGCUUUUUUCCUUGUUUUCUUCCUUGUUGUCUUUCUCUGUGAAGCAGUGGGCACAGAAGCUUGCACUGGCUCCAGCUGAGUGCUUGCUUUUGGCCCUAAGCCCGUUGCUAAAGAUGGACCCAAGGCAGGCUCCUCUGUCAUUGCUUUCAUGUAGUUUCUAUUUUCUUGUGUAUCUGCCUUGGCUCAUCUUGCAGUCACUUCUUUCAGUUUAACUCCACAAUCAUGUUUUCCUGGCUAAAAUAGCAUAAAAGACGUUAGAGAGAUGGAGAAAACCUAUUGCGCAUCAUGUCUGGUCCUUUUCCCAGGGGACAUCACAGGAUUGCAUCCAGCAGGAUAUUUUCAGAUGCUUUGUCCAACCUAGUUUCAGAUGUCUCGAGUGACUGGGAUUCCAUUCCAACCGUCAGCUCACAUUUGAAGGUGGAAUAAGGAAAAUAUAAUUUCUUCUUUCCUAGGAGACUCCUAUACCCUCACCUGGGCACAAAUAGCCUUAUUUCUUACCCCUGUCUUUGCCAGCCUCUUGCUUUAAACCUACGUGUGUGGUGGCCAAAAGCCCUUUUGGGUCAGAAAAGCUUCCUCAAGGACUCAACAAAGACCAUCCCUGAAUGGUGAGAGGGAGGAGACGAGCAAAGAAGGUGAAUGGUCUUCAGGAAACAUUGCCCCAUCAGAGAAGGGAAUGAAUUUCAAAGGAACGGGAGCUGCAGCUUGCCCAGGGAGACCCUGAGACAAGCAGUAGGGAUAUAGAAAGCAAGAGGGAUGCCUGGUGUAGCUGGAUAAAAACAAUUUUGUUGGGUUGUCAGCUGGAGUCUUGUAUCAGUGCGGAACCUGUUUCCGGGGCUAGUCCUAAAAAACUUGAAUUCAGUGAUGUUGGAAGCAUGCUGCAAAAGGCUGCUGCUGGAUGUGACUUACAAGUUGGGAGUGUGCAGGCUUGUUAUGGAAUUGUCCAGGUUCCUACCGGACCGUGGUUCUGUCGGAAAUGUGAAUCUCAAGAGAGAGCCGCCAGGGUGAGAUGUGAACUGUGUCCCCACAAAGAUGGAGCCCUGAAACGGACCGACAACGGAGGGUGGGCCCACGUUGUCUGUGCUCUGUACAUCCCAGAGGUGCAGUUUGCCAAUGUGCUCACCAUGGAGCCAAUUGUCCUGCAGUAUGUACCCCACGACCGCUUCAACAAGACCUGCUACAUCUGUGAAGAGCAGGGCAGGGAGAGCAAAGCAGCCUCUGGAGCGUGCAUGGCCUGUAAUCGGCACGGCUGCCGGCAAGCUUUCCAUGUCACCUGUGCCCAGAUGGCUGGCCUCUUAUGUGAAGAGGAAGUCCUAGAAGUCGACAAUGUCAAAUAUUGUGGCUACUGCAAGUACCACUUCAAUAAAAUGAAGACCUCACGUCACUCUGGAGGGAGCUCCUUCAUUGCUGGAAGACGGAGUCGAUCCACGUCCCCUGCUCAAGAGAAGCACGUAUCCCACCACGAAAGGCCAAAGAAGAGUCGUAAGGACAAGGAAAGACCUAAACAGAAGCACAAAAAACGUCCAGAAUCUCCCACCAGCCUUACGCCAGCCUCGGUGCCCGUCGCUGCAGAAAAGGGCUCCACCAGCCACCAUGAGGGGAGCAAAGAGACCUCAGAGGUCGGGAGAUCGGAGGUGAAAGGCAAGAAGUCCUCAAGCCAUGGCAGCAGCCACAAAGGGAAAAAGACGGGAAGUGGGAAAAGCUCGGCGGGCUUCAGCUCAGCUUCCUCCAGCGGGACCUUCCAGCCUGCAGGCACCUCCUGCAGCUCCUUGCAGUGCUCCCAGGAUUUCGUGACAUUCCCCAAGCUCGAGCAGGACGACGAGAAGUACCGGAAGCCUGUCUCUUCCUCUUCGUCUUCGCACUGCUCCCCUCUGUAUGAAGGCCAGAAGGGGGAUAUCUUUGAGCAGAAGGUGAUCUUCUCAGGCUUCGGGUCCAUCAUGCGCUUCUCCACCUCGGCCGUGAGCCAGCAGCGAGGCCGUGAUGCCUCCCCUGUGGACUACAAGGCCUCGAACCCUGUCAGCGGCCCUUCGGUGGGAAGCAGCGGGGCCGCUGGUGGCAGUGGCAGCAGCAGCAGCCACAAGCGCAUGCCGUCCCUCAGCAUGGAAGAGGGAGAGGUGCUGAAAGAAAAGAAGCACAAGGGCAGCAAGAAAAACAAGCAUGGGCCUGGCAGGCCAAAAGGGGGCAAAAGCAAAGAGAUUUUGGGUGCCCAGCUGGCUGGGUCCACGUCUACGUCUUCGUCGCCCUUCUCCGGGGGCUCCCUCGUUAGCUCCAGCAUCAGCAACUCCUCGCGGCCCUUCAGCCACACGGGGAACCUGCCCAGCCUCAGCAUGGAAUCCCCACUGCUGAGUUCAGGGAUCUACACCAGUAACAAGGACCCCAUUUCCCACGGGGGCGGAGUGCUCCGAGCUGUGUGCAGUACACCCCUCUCUUCCAGCCUGCUGGCACACCAGGGUACGUCGUCUCUCCCACAGCUCAACCGGUCUCCCUUUGCUAGCACCAUCCCAGCCUCCUCUUCCUCCUCGGUCUCCACCACGCAGGUGUUCUCACUGGCAGGUUCAACAUUCAGCCUCCCCUCCUCACAUAUUUUCGGAAGCCCCCUCACAUCUGGGCUGUCAAUCAACCCGCUCCUAAAUCAGUCGGAAAGCAGCCGGGCAGAGCCCGACCUGGAGGACUGCAGUUUUGGCUGCCGAGGGACGUCGCCGCAGGAGAGUCUCUCGUCCAUGUCCCCCAUCAGCAGCCUGCCGACCCUCUUUGACCAGACGGUGUCCUGCAGCAGCAGCGGGCAGCUGGAGAAUGUUCCCCAGGCCACCCCAAACAUCGAGCAGCUGCUGGAGAAGCAGGGCAAUGGGGAAGCCGGCGUAAACAUUGUAGAGAUGCUCAAAGCCCUGCACUCGCUGCAGAAGGAGAACCAGCGGCUUCAGGAGCAGAUCAUGACGCUGACAGCCAAGAAGGAGCGCCUGCAGCUCCUCAACGUCCAGCUCUCCGUCCCUUUCCCGGUGGUGACCAGCAGCAACGGCCCGGGCAGCCAGGCCCAGUACAUCCUGCCUGCCAACGUCUGCAACAACGACUCCCUGAGCAUCAGCAAGAGCCCGCCAUGCAAGAACAGCUUUGGGAUCGAGAACUCGCUCUCCACUUCCUCUGAGGACCCUCAUUCAGGUUGCCCCAGCAGGAGCAGCUCUUCCCUGUCCUUCCACAGCACUCCUCCACCCCUGCCCAUGCUGCAGCAGAGUCCUGCCUCGCUACCCCUGCCCGGGGUGCAGCAGGUGAAUGGCCUGGCCAGGGUGGCAGGCAGCGGGCUGGGGGGAGGCACCACGGCCAGCCACAGCCUCUCCACGGUGCCCAUGGUGGACGGCCUGAUGGGGACCCUGGCAGGAGGCCAGCAGAUGCCCAUCAACGGGAUCCUGGGGAAUCUGAACGGAGCUCAGGCCACCCAGCCUCCGAGCGCGCUGACGCAGGCGAGCGGGCCUCCGACCUUGCAGCUCUCCACCAGCCUGAGCAGCGUGCCCAGCCUGAGUCCCCUGACAGAGCAGCAGCGGCACGUCUUGCACCAACACGAACAGCAGCUCCAGCAGCUCCAGCAGCUCCUGACUUCUCAACCGCUUAAUCCGGAGCAGCAGGCCCUGGUGUUCCAGAUGAUGCAGCAAAUCCAGCAGAAGAGGGAGCUGCAGCGGCUGCAGAUGACGAGCUCGUCCCAGCUGUCCAUGAGCAGCCUCCUGGCGGCCACCUCUGCCCCCCUCCUGCACUCCAGCACCAGCGCCCUGAUGACCUCGGCCCCCCAGGCGCCCCCCAGCAGCAGCUCCCUCAUGGCCUCCCUCUCCCCCCAGCAGCUCAACCCUAGCAAUGCCCUCCUGGCUCCGCAGGCCACCCCGCCACUCAGCGCUCCUGGGAACAGCCUCAUGGCUUCGGGGACAGGCAUCCCACCUGUCCUUACAGCACAGACUAACCCGUUUCUCAACCUGCAGGCUGAUGGCAACACCCCAAAAGGAACGAGCAUGAAUGAAAAGGGAGCUCCUCUUACCCAGGACAAGGGCUAAGCUCCCCCCUCACCCCGAACAAACCAGCAGCCAACUCCUCUCAGCCAGGGGAAUGUGGCUUUCCACAGUCAGCAACUUUGAUACUGUUAGAGCAAUGAGCACAAGGCUUCCAAGAAGCAUUUCCUGCCGCUGGGCAAUGCCAAGAGGUGCUUUGGAAGACAGUAACGUCUCUGACCAAGCCCUGGCAUCGGGAGGAGCGAAGGCGGGGGGCAGCCUGCCGCGCUGGGCUGUGCCACACAUGCUCAAAGUGAAGCUGUGUUUCCACGCAGAGUGGAGGAGAGCUAACGCCAGCUGCCUGCCGGGAGUGCAAGCGUGUGUGUACGUGCGUGUAGCCCCCAGGCCGAGGCCCUAGAGACCAUCGAGCACCCUUGGCCAAGACCUUGGUGGAGGGAGGCCCCUCUGCUGAGGACUCUUUUCGGCACGGUGCAGAGAGGAAUCUGGCAGUGCCCUCGGAGGCAGCCCUGGACGUGCCACGGCUGGGGAAGUGGGACGUGGUGGCAGUGCCCCCGUGGUCUGCUUCACCCAGAUGGGGAGGCUGAGAAGAAGCCCCCGCAGCUGAGGUUUCUCAACUGCUUCUCAUCUGCUGGGCUCUUAGGAUGCUGUUGUCUCUGUAGCCAUCGUACGAUGCCCCUGCACGCCAGCUGGAUCCGUACCUAGCCUGAAAAGACACGAGUGGUGGAGCGAUGGGGAAGGAUCGGUGCUUGGGGAGGUGAAAGCCACCAACGUCUUUAAAGGACAUUGCCACGUCUGCUCACAAGCUGCUGUUGGGUCGGUGCUGUACGUUUCCCGUGAAAAGCACACUCCUGCUCCUCCUGCCGUCUUUCAGUCUACUUCCAAGAUUUCCAAAGCCUAAAAUUUCAGCUUGCAAAAAAAAGGGGCCGUAGCCAGUAUUACCCUUACCAUAGCCAACUUCAGAAGGUGCGUUUGAACCUGGCACUUGUUUCCUAGGCUAAGCUGGGCGAUAGAAAUGUGUGUGUGUGGAAAAGACAGUCCCAGAUCUGGUACCUGUUCAUCCUUACCCACCACAAAUCAUUCCAGUCUGGCAAAAAAAAAAAAAAAAAGAAAAAAAAAAGAAAAGAAAAACAAGAAAAACCUACCAACGUUCUUCCACUGAUCUUGGGCACUUGAGAAAAGGGAUCUCCGAGCAAUGGGACAACCUCCCAAGCUGGGACAUCGGACCCUUCGCUGUUUUCCACCUCUUGACCUUAACUCCUCCGUCUUGCAGCCUGGAACCUCGGCAAAGGCAGCGGCUUCCUGUGAGCUGGGAUGCGAUGGAUUGAUUGAAGGACAGGUGGGGCUGCCCCGAGGGAAGGGGAACAUCUACGUCAAACGUACGCGUGCCCCUUUGCCUUGUCCCCUGGCUAAAUGCAGAGCUCUGGUGGGUGGGGGCAGGCGCGAAGACUCCAGCAAACAGAAACUCUGAGGGUCUUAAAAAAUAAUAAUAAUAACUGUCAGACCUUAACAACCAUUUUUCAGCACAUUCCCACUGCCCCUAACUGGUUUGCACUAUUCAAAUUUGUCAGCAGUGGGGCUGUGCUGAUAGUACUAGGGAAGCUUGUGAUAGGCAAAAACUCAUCUGCUAAAUCUUUCAUCCUUUUUUGUUUUGUUACUUUUGUUUGGAGGAUUAUCACCACCAUGGCUGGGUAAGGCUAAAACAAGAGGAAGACCCUUUUUGAUCUCAGCCUCUCGUUCUGUGAACUGGGCAGAACACUGCUGUCUGCUCAGAAAUAUAUAUAUUAUAUAUAUAUAAUUUUUUUUAAUACAGAAAAGCUAAUGUUUUAACAAGGUUAAGAAGCUAUUGGCAAGAUGCAGAUGGCAGCUAAAAGUGAAAAUACAGGAAAAAAAAAAAGUCUCCUUCCCUCCCUCCUGGUCUCUGCAGCCUAGCGAGGAGCAGCUGAAGCGUGGCUCCUGCUGAUGCUCCCCAUCCCCAGCCAUCGUGUUGUGGGCUGAGCCGUGCCCCUGUCCGUCAACCCAAUCCUUACAAAAUGUGAAUGAGAUCUUUCAGCUUCAAAUGGUUUGACUCCAAUCCUGGCUCCCCAUCCCUGAAAUUUCCUCUGGCACAGUCGUGUGCUUGCACUUUUUUUUUAUUCCCCCUUCCCCAAACAGCCACGCUGUGCCCCCGCUCCUCUGUGAGCAUCGGUGCCACAGCCAAUUCCGAGGCUGCCGUGCUAAAUUCAGCCCUGCCGUGCCCCCCGUGUGUGUGUGAUGGCUGCAGGCAGGUGAGGCCCAGACCCGCCAACCUCCGUGCACCAGGUCCGUGGGAGUCAGGAGCAGCUGAGCCCAGCGACGAGCACGGGUCUGGGUCAGCAGGAUGAUGGACAGGAGGGCUAGGGGUACAGCAGCGGCUCUUAAAUCUGCAGAUGUGAUAGCUGCCAGCCAGCUGCUUGCCCAGCUGGGUUUGUCUGGGUUUGAGUUGUGUUCUCUUUUUUUUUUUUUUUCCAUUUUUUUUUCUUUUUUUAUUUUUUUCUGGAAGAUCCCAAACUCGAGUUGCCACCUGUUGUGCUGUCAUGCUUACCAGCAGCACAGCCUUCAGCCUGCUUGGGAACCACCGGGACCUGACGUCGUGUCCAGACCUGGUCAAACUGUUCCAAAAUUUAACCGCAUUUCACGCCCUGGGAUUAACGAGCUGGGAGUGGGAGCAGAGGGGAUGGAGGCGGGGAGGCUGCUUAACGGCUGUCCCCAGAGCAAGUUGUCUCCUAGGACAAAUAGAAACCUUGUUCAGAUCAGUGGGAUGGUGCCCAAAUCCCUGGGUGACAGCAGAAAGGUGGCAGGGGGUCGGCAAGAGGUACGUGAGGAAGGUGAGCGCGCAGUCGGGGCUGGAACGCGCCGCACGAGCCCUGCAAUGCUGCUGGGAAGACACCCGGGGAGCCCACCCGGUGGAAGAGGUUGGAAAUCGAGGACUGAAUUCAAGGACUGUGCUCGUGGACAGGAUCUCUGCUAAAAGCAGGAGGGGCUGAGCUAUGCUGCGGUCCUGGGUCCCUGCUCCUGCUGGGCACGUCCCCGCGUUCGCUUGUGGCGCUGGUUGGAGCGCGAAGCCGCUCUCCGGGACCCACGGGGACGAGGCUGGAGCUGACGAGGGGGGGAAGAGGCAUUCAGAUAGCACUUACACAUUUCUCCGACCUCUUCCAAAGGCGCCCGGCCCCUUCGAAGCGUGCUCCUCCUCGUCAAAUCGCCUCGACCUGCCCCAGAGCCAAAGGUGCCUUUGGCAGCCCGAGGGGAGCAGGAGGGUCGCUGCCGGAGGGGCCGCCGCCGAGCACCCGCAUCUGGAAAGGAGGAGCAGGGGAAAGAGAAAUAAAAGCUAAAGAUUAUCUGUGUUUCAGUUGCACUGGGGUACGUUUCUUUACCCGUUUUGAUGCUAAUGUCUCAUUUAGUAUGUUGCAUGUGUCUUUUUUGUUUUGAUUUGUUUUUUAUUAAAUAAAAGAGAAAAAUGUGUAUAUUUUUGGCAAUUUAA